AUGAGCAUUAGGCAACAGGAAGAUGUGACAUUGAGGUCUUAUAUCGCCUGCUUCAACAAGGAAGCACUCUCGAUUGAUAAAGCUGACGACAAGAUACUCGUAGCAGCCUUCACGAAUGGGCAACGAAAGGGUAAGUUUCGAUUCUCCUUAUACAAGAAUGACCCGAAAACCAUGUUGGAUGUACUUUACAGGGCCACCAAGUACAUGAAUGCUGAAGAAGCGUUGUUGGCCCGUGAAGAGAAGCCUAAGAAGAGAGAGAGGCAGGAGGAAGCCUGGCAGGAUAGGGGCCAAAAGAUGGCAAGAACUGGAGAAAAAAGAGAUGAUCGACGAUCCAAACCCUCGAUAGGGAGAUUCACAAACUUCACCCCCCUGAAUACCCUGAUUGAUCAAGUCCUACUGCAGAUCAAAGACGAAGGAGCCUUAACGUUCCUCAGCAAAUUGAAGGGUGAUCCCAGCAAGAGAUCUAGGGAUAAAUAUUGUCGUUUCCACCAAGACCACGGUCACGACACGUCUAAAUGCUAUGACCUGAAGCAGCAGAUAGAGGCCCUUAUUGGCCAAGGGAAACUGCAAAAAUUUGUCGACAAGGAAGGAAUAGAACAAAACCAAAGAGCACCAGCCCAGAGAGAAAACAAACGACCCUGGCCACCCUUGGGAGAUGUAAGGAUAAUCAUAGGGGGCAGUACUUCCAGUUCCUCUAAAAAGGCUAAGACAUACCUACAAAUGGUACAGAAUAUUCAACUAACAGGGUAUGCCCCAAAGAUGGCGCGAGUCGAUAAUCUCGUAAUUGGGUUCAUGGAGGAAGAUGCCUGA